AUGGCUUCCUGCCUUCUCCUCCUGGCCGCCUCGUCCAUCCUCUUCGUCGUGGCCGCCGGGCAGGACAACACUAUCAUGAAGCCGAUUAAUCCGUCCUGCUCGACGACGGACAACUACACCGACGGCAGCCAGUACAAGAAGAACCUGGACGAGCUCCUGGCGGCGCUCCCCACGGCGGCCGGCGACAACGGCUGGUUCUACAAGGGCAGUGCCGGGGCGGGGGCCGACGAGGCGUUCGGCCUCAUCAUGUGCUUCGCGGACCACAAAGCGGCGCAGUGCCUCGACUUCCUGACCGGGGCGCCUGCCGGGAUCACGACGGUGUGCCCGGGCAGCCGGAACGUGAGCGCGGAGUACGACGCGUGCGUGCUCCGAGUUGACGCUGUCUUUUGCACCACCACAGAAGCUUCGAAGACAGGGAUCGUGAUCGGCGUGUCCGCCGGUUCCGUCUCGACCUUGGUCGUUAUUCUGGGCUUUUCCAUAUGGCUCCUUCUCCGGCGACGGAGGAAACAGGCAAGAAUCCUUGAGAAAGCGAGGGAGAAAGAGCUGGGAUUGGGAGACUGCGGCGGCUUCUCCAACGAGGAGCCGGAGAUGGAAGACGAGUUCGAGAAAGGGACCGGACCGAAGCGGUUCCGCUGCAGCGAACUCGCUGUUGCCACCGGCAACUUUGCCGAUGACAGGAAGCUCGGGCAAGGAGGAUUCGGAUCGGUGUACAGAGGAUUCUUGAAGGAGAUUAACCUUCACGUCGCCAUCAAAAGGGUGUCCAAGGGCUCGAAGCAGAGGAGGAAGUAG